GAAAAAUUUAAUUAAUGCAGCAGGUAAAUUUAAACCGAAACCGUCAAAUCUCAGAUUCUGGAGCAUUUCCGUAGCUGAGAACUGCCGAUUAGUUCAGUAAGGGCAAUUAUAGCCCUGGUGUGCUGGUGGUAGAAUCCACGCACAGAUAAAGGAAAAGAUGGCGGAAGUCACUGACCCGCGAUGGGAUUACCUUCAGUCAAAAACGCUGAAGACAUUAAACUUGAAACAAGACAAAUGGGUAAAGAUGUUAGUCCAAGAAGAGUCCAAAAUAUUAAUUCAAGAAUUUCUUGACAAGACUGACGUUUUCUGCCUUUUAAUUUAUCUCACCGGUGCGGGCCAACUCUCUCCGAGUUAUUCAUAUCCCACCUCUAUAAAGCAAAAAGGAACCUACUUCGUGAAAAAAGAGAAAGUUGGUAUCACGAAAGAUAACGUUCGUUCAAAGUUGAUAGUUGGAGAUAUUUCUCAAAUUCCGCUCGACCAUAUGUCACCACUUGUAGACGAGUUUCUAUCACACUUACUUUCGAACGAUGGCAACCACCAACGGUGGCCUGCAGUUGUGUCUGAUGACGUACUACGUCACGUGCACAAACUGAAGAGCAAGGUUUAUGUUGUGGCUGGUCACGUGAAGGGGAAAACCCUUCUACCGCUACCUGUUGGUUCGGAAAAAGUCGACGAUGCGAAGGCAGAAGAAAGGAGGGCACUUCUACACGCUAUUGAGACUGUUGUUAUUGACUGGAGUCACCAAGUACGUGAUGUGCUUAAGCAAGAAUCAGCACAACCACUUUUGGAAGGAAAAAAUCCUGGCCCCAGUGUGGAGAUAGAUUUCUGGAACGCAAAGUGUGCAAACUUAGAAUGCAUCUACAACCAGCUUAAGACUCCAAAAGUAAAGAAGAUGGCAGCCAUCUUGGAACUUUCUCACAGCAGUUACUAUCCUGCGUUACGUGACAUCUUUACUGAAGUGGUUGCUGCACUACGUGAAGCAAGGGACAUCCAAAUGUAUUUGAAACCACUUCGUUCUUUUUUGGAUGAUUUUGAACAAGUUGACUUUUCAGAGGCCAUACCAAAGCUAGCUCCAUUGAUGCAUGUCGUCUGCCUUAUAUGGUCACAAUCUAAAUAUUACAACACACCAGUAAGGAUUAUUGUUCUUCUGAGGGAAAUGUGCAACUUUCUCAUUGAAAUGACUUGCAACUAUUUAUCACCUGAAGAUAUAUUGAAAGGAGAGUUAGAUGAAUCUGUUGAACGAGUUAAAGUAGCUUUGGAAGUAUUGCAUGCAUUCCGUGCAAGCUUUGAUAAACAUAAGGCCACCCUUGACACUUUCUUUGAGGACAAAUCAAAAGUGAAGCAUUGGAGUUUUGCCCCUGAGUUGGUGUUUUCUAGGAUGGAUAACUUCAUUAAUAGACUUGAUAUAGUAAUGGAGUUUUUCGUCCGAAGCCAAGAGUUUAUGAAACUUGAAAAGAUUGAGUUUGGUGGAGUAAAGGGCAGAGUGCUCAGCCAACUUGUGCUUAAUAUAUUUGAAGCUUUCCAGGAGUUGUACAAAGUAUUUGAGCUAAGGACGUACAACCCCCUUGACCCUGAGGAUCCAGCAUUUGAAGAUGAUUUUGAUUCAUUCACAAAGAACCUAUCUGACUUAGAGAGGCAACUUGCCAACAUUAUCUGCCAAGGUUUUGAUGAUUGUUCAGGAAUGGCUUCUAUUUGUAAGAUGUUGAACAUCUUUGGAAGUUUACUUGAGAGGCCGAUCAUCAAAGCAGAUUUCGACCACAAGUAUCCUAUACUGCUUCGUCUUUUCAACACAAGUCUUGAUAAGAUCAAGCAAGUAUUCGAUGAACAUGUCAUUGCUACAGCUAACCAACCAUGUGAAGAUAUCCCAAACCUAUUGAAACCAUGUGUGCAUAAGAACCAACCCCCAGUAGCUGGUCAGUUAAAGUGGGCACAGGAACUCCAUGAGAGGAUUACAUGGCCCAUGGAACUACUGCAACAUAUCAACCAUCCGUGUUUCCAAUCCGCUGAAUGUGAUUUGGUUUUUCACAAACAGGAACAGAUGGUUCGACUCAUUAAACAAUAUGAGAUGAAAAUAUUUGAGCAGUGGACAAAUGGUGUUGAAGAAGCUUGUAAAUUUAACUUGGGCCAACCACUGUUAAAAAGAAAUCCAGAUUCUCAUCUGAUAUCUGUCAACUUUGACCCACAGCUUGUAGCAGUGCUGCGUGAGGUUCGCUACAUGAAAUAUUUAAACCGUCUUGAUAUUCCUGAUGUUGCAAACGAACUUUAUGAAACUCAUGAAAUGUUUCGUAAAUAUUGUGCCAACCUUGAUCUUACUGUGGCAUGGUAUAAUGAGGUAAGAAACUCAGUGGUUGAUGUUGAAUACCCUCUGGUUGAAGGACAACUGGCAGAAAUAGAUAGCGUGUUGCAACAAGCUGAAACGGAGCUAUGCUGGAAAUCAGAAGGUAUAUGGGAAUACAUUCAAUCCACAAGAGACAUGGUGAAUGAUCUACAGGUUCGUGUGCAGAAGACAAAGAUGAACAUUGAGAAGAUAGAUAAGAUAAUGAAGACAUGGAGUGAAACUCCGUUAUUUGAGAGGAAACUUGGUAACGUAGCCGCCAUCUUGAACUUGGAGGAUCGGAAAGAUCGGAUCGCGAAGAGAUACGCGACUAUCGCUGCUGAUGGUGAAGUUAUUCAUCAAUGUGUGAAGGAAAAUCUCGCUUUAUUUAAUGCUGAUGAGAAUAGUGAAGUAUGGGAGGCAUAUAUAAGUUACUUGGAUGAUAUGGUCAUUGAUGGAUUCUUUAACUGCAUUUACUGCUCUCUUAAUUAUUUCAUGGAAAACACAGACCCUGAUGUUCAACCUUUAUUCAUUGCUGAGCUUGAACUCCAAUCACCAGACAUGGUGUUCCGUCCUUCACUUAUGGAAGGAGCACCGGAUGGAUUCCUCGCUCUUAUUGAAGGACUUCUCGUUGAUGUUUAUAAGAUGAGCACUCUGGUGCCUCGUGUGGCACCCCAGGUUGGCCAAGCAGAUUACAAGGCUGAUAUGGAUGACAUGGCAGAGCUUGCUGCUAUGAGAGGUGACCUCACCACCCGUGUACACGAUGUUAUGGACAAAGCAAUUUCUUAUUCACAAGGUUUCCUCGAGUAUGGAAGUCUAUGGACAGAUGACCGCAGUGAAUUCAUGAAGCAAUUUUUAACAUAUGGUCACAUACUAACUGCUGAGGAAGUUGAAAUGCAUGCAGAUGAAGGGGUGCCUGAAACACCACCUACACUUACACAGUUUAAAGAACAAAUUGAUUCAUAUGAGAACUUAUACCAAGUGAUAAGCAACGUGACAUCAUCGCAAGUAUUUGAUAGUUGGUUCUUGGUUCAAAUCAAACCAUUCAAACAAGCAUUGCUUAACACAGUGAAGAGAUGGAGUUACAUGUUUAAAGAGCAUUUGAUCAACCAUGUUGAAAACAGUCUCUCGGACUUGAAAGAUUUCAUCAAGCUGGCUGACCUUGGGUUGGGUAAGACGAUAGAGGAAGGUGAUUAUGAUGGCUUGGUGGAAUGUAUGGGCCAUUUAAUGGCUGUACGUGAUCGCGCUGAUGCAACCGAUGUUAUGUUCGAACCUCUCAAACAAACUAUUGAACUAUUAAAGUUAUAUGAUCAAGAAAUGUCCGAGGACGUACAUCUACAACUGCAAGAGUUACCAGAGCAAUGGAAUAAUACUAAGAAGUUGUCAGUUACUGUUAAACAGGCUGUUGCUCCACUGCAGGCAAACGAAGUCUCCAUAAUCCGUCGAAAAUGCACCAGUUUUGAUGUGAAGCAACAUGAGUUUCGUGAAGUAUUUCGUAAAGAACCCGUGUUUCGGUUCAACUGCCCUGACCCCUACCCCUGCCUUGAUACGAUGCAAGAAAAUAUUCUCACCCUCGAAACUGAGAUGUUUUCUCUGCAUGAAUCUGCUGGCUUGUUUGAAGUUAAUGUGCCAGAUUAUAAACAACUUAAGGCAUGUAGAAGAGAGGUUGGUUUAUGCAAGGGGGUAUGGGACCUUGUACAGUUAGUUCGAACAAGCACAGAUGAUUGGAAAACAACAUUAUGGGCGGAUAUCAAUGUUGAACAGAUGGACAUCGACUGUAAACGAUUUGCAAAGGACAUUCGAUCUCUGGAUAAAGAAGCAAAAGCUUGGGAUGUAUUUGGAGGAUUAGACUCACUUGUAAAGAAUAUGAUCACUUCACUAAGGGCUGUGGGUGAUCUGCAAAACUCAGCUAUUCGUGACCGACAUUGGCAUGAACUGAUGCAAGCUGCUAAGGUUCGAUUCACGAUGGAUGAAACAACCACACUCGCCGAUCUACUUAAACUAAACCUUCAUAACUUUGAAGAUGAAGUUCGUGAGAUUGUGGAUAAAGCUGUCAAGGAAAUGGGAAUGGAGAAGACCUUGCGUGAACUUGAUGUAACAUGGGCAGCCAUGGACUUUGAAUAUGAAUAUCAUCAACGUACACAAUCACCACUUAUUAAAAGUAAUGAAGAAUUGGUGGAAACUUUAGAGGAUAAUCAGGUCCAACUACAAAACUUGAUGACAUCAAAAUACAUCGCGCACUUCCUAGAAGAAGUAUCUGGAUGGGUACAGAAGUUGUCUACUGCAGAUUCAGUGCUUACUAUAUGGUUGGAGGUCCAGAGGACCUGGUCUCAUCUCGAAAGCAUCUUCAUAGGUUCGGAGGACAUCAGAGCUCAGCUUCCCGAAGAUUCAAAGAGAUUCGAUGGAAUUGACACUGACUUUAAAGAAAUAAUGGCUGAUGCGAUCACUACACCCAAUGUAAUUGAAGCAACAAACAAGAAAGGACUUUAUGAAAGAUUAGAAGAUUUGCAGAGUAAACUGACAUUAUGUGAGAAAGCAUUAGCUGAAUAUUUGGAAACAAAACGUCUUGCCUUCCCACGUUUCUACUUUGUAUCUUCAAGUGAUCUGCUUGAUAUUCUUUCUAAUGGAAACAACCCAGUUGAGGUAUCCCGUCACUUGGCCAAGUUAUUUGACAACAUGUCUAAGUUAAAGUUUGAGGAAGAUGAGAGUGGCAACCCAUCUAAAGCAGCACUUGGAAUGUACAGCACUGAAGAUGAAUAUGUCGCAUUUGGUGAUUUAUGUCAAUGUACUGGCCAGGUUGAACUUUGGUUGAACCGAGUGAUGGAUGCAAUGCGUGCAACGGUACGUAACGAGCUCGCUGAAUCCGUGGUAACAUACGAGGAAAAACCUCGUGAUCAAUGGCUGUUUGAUUACCCUGCACAAGUUGCUUUAUCUACCACACAAAUCUGGUGGUCUACUGAGGUUGGAAUUGCAUUUGCUCGUCUUGAGGAAGGUUAUGAGCAUGCAUUGAAGGAUUACUUUAAGAAACAAGUCAACCAACUGAAUACAUUGAUCACACAACUCAUAGGAAACCUUACACAUAAUGACAGACAAAAGAUUAUGACAAUAUGUACAAUAGAUGUACAUGCUAGAGAUGUGGUGGCUAAACUCAUACAACAGAAGAUUGAGAGCGCAUCUGAGUUUGUUUGGCAAUCCCAGCUUCGGCACAGAUGGGAUGAUGAGAAGAAACAUUGUUACGCUAACAUAUGUGAUGCACAGUUCUUAUAUUCAUAUGAGUACCUUGGUAAUACACCACGCCUUGUGAUCACCCCACUUACUGACAGAUGCUACAUCACUUUGACCCAAUCUCUCCAUUUAAUUAUGGGUGGUGCACCUGCUGGUCCAGCUGGUACUGGGAAAACAGAAACCACAAAAGAUCUCGCUCGUUCCCUUGGUAUCAUGGUAUAUGUGUUUAACUGCUCGGAACAGAUGGAUUAUAAAUCUAUUGGAAACAUCUACAAGGGUUUGGCACAGACGGGGGCAUGGGGCUGUUUCGACGAGUUCAACAGAAUUUCAGUAGAAGUGUUGUCUGUUGUUGCCGUGCAGGUGAAAUCCAUCCAAGAUGCGAUCCGAUAUAAGAAGAAGAGGUUCAUCUUCCAAGGAGAGGAGAUCUCCCUCAUCCCAACAGUUGGCAUCUUCAUCACCAUGAACCCCGGUUAUGCAGGAAGAACAGAAUUGCCGGAAAAUUUGAAGGCAUUGUUUAGACCUUGUGCUAUGGUUGUUCCUGACUUUGAACUUAUAUGUGAGAUCAUGUUGGUGGCUGAGGGUUUCCUUGAAGCUCGAAUUCUUGCACGAAAAUUCAUUACUUUAUACACACUGUGUAAGGAGUUAUUGUCAAAGCAAGACCAUUAUGACUGGGGUUUACGGGCUAUUAAGUCAGUUCUUGUGGUGGCUGGAUCGCUUAAAAGAAGCGACAAAACUAGACCAGAAGAACAGGUUCUCAUGCGAGCUCUUCGAGAUUUCAAUAUUCCGAAGAUCGUGACGGAUGACAUGCCAGUUUUCAUGGGACUCAUCGGUGAUCUCUUCCCUGCGUUGGAUGUCCCUCGUAAACGGGAUCUUGACCUUGAGAAAAUGUGCAAGCAAGCUGUGCAUGAUUUAAAACUCCAAGCAGAAGACAACUUUGUGUUGAAGUUGGUUCAACUUGAUGAACUUCUGUUUGUUCGACACUCUGUGUUUGUUAUUGGUAAUGCAGGGACAGGGAAAACACAGGUAUUAAAAUCCUUGAUGAAAUGCUACCAGAACAUGAAGCGUAGACCGAUAUGGGUUGAUCUUAAUCCCAAAGCUGUCACCAAUGAUGAGUUAUUUGGUAUCAUCAACCCAGCUACAAGGGAAUGGAAAGAUGGAUUGUUUUCAACCGUUAUGAGGGAUUUAUCCAAUGUUACACAUAACGGACCGAAAUGGAUUGUGCUGGAUGGUGACAUUGACCCGAUGUGGAUUGAAUCAUUGAAUACCGUUAUGGACGAUAAUAAGGUGUUGACAUUAGCCAGCAAUGAGCGUAUCCCACUCACACCUUCAAUGAGGUUGUUGUUUGAGAUUAGUAACUUACGAACUGCCACCCCAGCCACUGUAUCAAGGGCUGGUAUCUUGUAUUUGAAUCCUGCUGAUCUGGGGUGGAACCCAGUGGUAACAUCAUGGAUUGACAAGCGAGAAAUUCAAUCAGAGAAAGCCAACCUAACAAUAUUGUUUGACAAAUACAUACCACCAUGUAUUGAAACAUUGAGGGGAAGGUUUAAAACAAUUACUCCAAUACCAGAGUGUGCUAAAAUACAGAUGUUGUGUUAUUUACUUGAAGUGCUUCUUACACCAGAUAACACACCAGCAGAUUGCCCAAAGGAAUUAUACGAGUUAUAUUUUGUAUUUGCUUGUAUAUGGGCAUUUGGUGGGGCUAUGUUCCAAGAUCAACUGAUUGAUUACAGAGUGGAGUUUAGUAAAUGGUGGACCACUGAGUUUAAAACAGUCAAGUUCCCAAGCAAUGGUACUGUGUUCGAUUUUUGCAUUGACAGCGAAACAAAGAAGUUUCUUCCAUGGUCAGAAAGUGUUCCCGUAUUCGAACUGGAUCCUGAUCUACCAUUGCAGGCAUGUAUGGUGCCAACAGCUGAAACUCGUCGUAUUCGUUACUUCAUGGAUCUUCUGAUGGAGAUCCGUCGUCCAGUGAUGUUGGUGGGGAACGCAGGAGCUGGAAAGACGGUCCUCGUGCAGGAUAAACUCGCAUCCCUUCCUGAAGACUUCAUGGUCACGAACGUUCCGUUCAACUUCUACACAACAUCAAUGAUGUUGCAAGGAGUGCUCGAGAAACCACUUGAGAAAAAAGCGGGGAGGAAUUUCGGACCUCCAGGGUCAAAACGGUUGGUUUAUUUCAUUGAUGAUAUGAACAUGCCAGAAGUAGAUGCAUAUGGGACAGUACAACCUCAUACACUUAUAAGGCAACACAUGGAUUACAGCCAUUGGUAUGAUCGUACCAAGUUGAUAUUGAAAGAUAUAAACAAUGUACAAUACGUGGCAUGUAUGAACCCUACAGCUGGCUCAUUUACCAUCAAUCCAAGGUUACAACGGCACUUCAGUGUGUUUGCUGUCAGUUUCCCUGGACAGGAUGCACUUCAAGUCAUCUACAGCAGCAUCCUAAGCCAGCAUUUACAGAUGGGUGGCUUCCCUGUGGCUGUACAGAAAGUAUCGACCACACUUGUUCAUGCAGCACUUGCACUGCAUGGAAAGAUCAACAGCACUUUUCUACCAACUGCAAUCAAGUUCCAUUAUAUUUUCAACCUCCGGGAUUUGUCAAAUAUUUUUCAGGGUAUUCUGUUCUCCACAUCAGAUUGUGUGAAGUGUAUAUCGGACCUUGUAAGGUUAUGGAUGCAUGAGGCUUCCAGGGUUUACUGUGAUAAACUUAUCGAUAAAAAGGAUAUUGAAAUAUUUGAAAAGAAUAAACUUGAAUUUGCAAAGAAAUUUUUUGAUGACGUUCCUGAUGAAGUAUUGACAGCUGAACCUCUGUUGUAUUGUCACUUCUCCGCUGGUAUAGGAGAUCCCAAGUAUUUACCGGUAACAACAUGGGAUGCAUUAAACAAACUACUGGUUGAUGGUUUGGAGGCUUAUAAUGAGGUGAAUGCAGUGAUGAACCUCGUCCUGUUUGAAGAUGCCAUGUCCCAUGUUGCGAGGAUCAACAGGAUACUCGAAUCUCCCAGAGGAAACGCUCUUCUUGUGGGAGUUGGUGGUUCAGGCAAACAGAGUUUAUCCAGACUUGCAGCUUACAUUAGUGGUUUGGAAGUUUUCCAAAUCACAUUAAGGAAAGGAUAUGGAAUUCCUGAUCUUAAAGUUGAUCUUGCUGCUUUAUAUUUGAAAGCUGGAUUGAAAAAUAUUGGGACAAUGUUCCUGCUUACAGAUGCUCAGGUUCCUGAUGAAAAGUUCUUGGUGUUGGUCAACGAUCUUCUCGCAUCAGGGGAAAUCCCUGAGCUGCUUCCAGAAGAUGAUGUGGAAAACGUCAUCAGUGGAGUGAGGAACGAAGUAAAGGGAGCAGGAAUGGAGGACACGAGGGAAAACUGCUGGAAGUUUUUUAUUGAUCGAGUUAGGAAGCAACUUAAGGUUGUGUUAUGCUUCUCUCCUGUUGGAUCUACUUUAAGAGUUCGUGGUCGUAAAUUUCCAGCCGUAGUCAACUGUACACAGAUAGAUUGGUUCCAUGAAUGGCCGGAAGAAGCUUUGAGAUCUGUCAGUUAUACUUUCCUACAGGAUAUAGAAGGAAUUGAUCCAAAUAUUAAACCAUCUAUCAGUCAGUUCAUGUCAUACGUUCAUACAAGUGUCAACCAAACUAGCAAGAUGUAUCUAGCAAAUGACAGGAGGUACAACUACACAACACCAAAGAGUUUCUUGGAGCAAAUUAAACUAUAUGAGAGUUUGCUUGGUGUUAAAGGGAAGGAACUGCAAGCUAAGAUGGAAAGAUUGGAGAAUGGAUUGACUAAGCUACAAAGCACAGCUGCACAGGUUGAUGAUUUGAAAGCUAAACUUGCUUCACAAGAAGUUGAACUCCAACAGAAGAAUGAAGAUGCUGAUAAACUUAUUCAUGUUGUUGGUAUCGAAACAGAAAAGGUGAGCAAAGAAAAAGCCAUCGCUGAUAAAGAAGAAGCAAAAGUUGCCGUGUUUGCCGUGGAAGUUGGUGAGAAACAAAAAUCUUGUGAAACUGAUCUUGCUAAAGCUGAACCUGCGUUGGCUGCUGCACAAGAAGCUUUGAAUACACUUAAUAAGAACAACUUGACUGAGUUAAAGUCAUUUGGAUCGCCACCAGCAGCUGUAGUGAAUGUAACAGCUGGUGUGAUGGUGUUGCUUUCUCCUAAUGGAAAAGUUGCUAAAGAUAGAAGCUGGAAAGCUUCCAAAGUUAUGAUGGCCAAGGUUGAUGCUUUUCUUGAGCAACUGAUCAACUAUGACAAGGAAAAUAUUCACGAGAACAGUUUGAAAGCAAUACGACCAUAUUUGGAUGAUCCCGAGUUUGAUUAUGACUUCAUAAAAGCUAAAUCAACAGCUGCUGCAGGGUUAUGUGCAUGGUGCAUCAACAUUGUCAAGUUUUAUGAAGUAUAUUGUGAUGUGGAACCCAAGCGUCUUGCACUUGCUAAAGCCAAUUCUGACCUCGCUGCCGCACAGGAUAAACUGACUGGAAUUAAAGCUAAGAUUGCUCAACUUGACGCUAACUUAGCAGAACUGACGGCUAAGUUUGAAAAAGCCACUGCUGAUAAACUGAAAUGUCAACAAGAAGCUGAAUCAACAACAUUAACCAUUAACCUUGCUAAUAGGUUGGUUGGAGGCUUGGCUUCGGAGAAUGUUAGAUGGGCCGAAGCUGUUAGUGGUUUCAAGGAACAGGAGAAGAUGUUAUGUGGGGACAUCCUUCUCAUAACUGCGUUUGUUUCAUACGUUGGAUAUUUCACAAGAAAUUAUCGGAUUGAGUUUAUGGACCAAUGUUGGAUUCCUUAUAUGAAGGGACAAGAGGUUCCCAUCCCAACCACAGAGGAUUUAGAUCCUCUAUCAAUGCUGACGGAUGAUGCGGACAUCGCUGAGUGGAAUAACGAAGGUCUUCCCUCGGAUCGGAUGUCCACGGAGAACGCCACCAUCCUCACCAACUGUCAAAGAUGGCCGCUCAUCAUUGAUCCUCAGUUACAAGGCAUACAGUGGAUUAAGAAGAGAUAUGCAAACCUUAAAAUUGUCAGACUUGGACAGAGAGGAUAUUUGGAUGUGAUAGAGAUGGGUGUGUCUAAUGGGGACACUGUGUUUAUUGAGAAUGUUGAGGAAAGUGUGGAUCCUGUGCUGGAACCUUUACUUGGGAGGAAUACUAUCAAGAAAGGAAG